AACAAAGCGCAACACGCACAAAAUAGACACACAAAAUAAAGCAUUGUAUGUGUGUGUGAGUGUAUGUGUGUGUGUUUGUGUGGGCGUUUUGUUUUCAGAAUCCAAAUAAUAAACAGUAAAAAGAAAUGCCGCGUAAUUUGGGCUCUGGAUCUCGCCUAGUGGAUCUAGGCGCCGUCUGCCUCAUAUGCCUGCGGGCAGAGCAGGGAUAUUGCUCGAUUUACGGCCAGGAUCUGGAGACACCACAUAUGCAAAUAGUGGACAAAAUCCGGAGCUGCAGUGCAUUGCAACUGGACAGGCCACUGCUCGCCCAAUUGCCGGACAAGAUCUGUCACGGCUGCCGCAACGAGCUGAGCAUCACGUACCGUUUCCAGCAGAAGUGUCUCGAGGCGCAGAAGGUGUUCCAAUCGGCGGCGACGGCAACACUCCUGCUGGACGUGGACAAGCUGCAGCUGGAGCAGCAACAGCAGCUCAAAUUGCCCGCCAGCCUAAGAAUCAAACGUCUCGAAACGGAGCCGGCCUCCAGCAGAUUAAAGUAUUACAACGACGAUGUUGGCGAUGGAGAUACGCUCACUUUGGUGAAGAAAGAGGAUGCGGUGACCACAAUUGUCCUACAGGAUCUGACAGGUGUUGCAUCUGAUAAUGAUGAUGACAAAAUGAUUGCUCUGGGUGUUGACUGGGGCACAGAUGCCAUAGAGUCGGAAUCGAGCAAUGUUCAGGACUUGGAGCAAAAUCUGGAGCAGGAGCUGGAUCUGGAGCAGAAGCUGGAGGAAGAGGAGGAGGAGGAGGAGGUUGAUGAGCAGUACAAACUGUCCGAUGAACAGCCGGAGGAGGUGCAGACAAUGCCGUGUGUCACAGUCACCAGCAGCAACAGCAGCAACAACAACAUCAGCAACACCAGCAGCAACAACAACAUCAUCAGCAACAACAACAACAGAAAUCGACGCUCCACAGAGCCCAAGAUCUGUGACAUCUGUGGCAACACGUACAAGUAUCAGCAUGCCCUCAACGCACACAUGCGACGCCACAACAACGAGCGACCCUAUCCCUGCGAGGUAUGCCAGAAGGCGUUCAUCUCCAACGUGGAGUUGCGACGUCACAUGCGCGUCCACACCGGACAGAAGCCGUACGGCUGUCGUUAUUGCGAGCGACGUUUCUCGGACUUUGGCAGCAGCAAGAAGCAUGAACGCAUCCAUACCGGAGAGCGACCCUAUGUAUGUGAGGUGUGCAACAAGGGAUUCGCCUAUGCCCAUGUGCUGUCCGUGCACCGGCGAACGCAUACGGGCAAAAAGCAAUUCCAGUGCACACAAUGUGACAAGGGAUUCACCAAGAAAUGUUAUCUGGCCACGCAUCUGGAGCAGCAUCGUAUUAACCAGCCCAACUUGAUGGAGCUGGCUGGGAGCACGGCUGGAACGCUUCAGAGAUUGCCGACGCGCAAGCAACAGCGACAACAGCAGCAGCAACAACAUCAACAGCAGCAACAUCAACAGCAGCAACAUCAUUUGCAAUAUGAUGACAACGACGACAUUGCAGAUGUGGAUGAUGAUGAUGAUUAUGAUGAUGACAGUGUCAGUGUUGGUGUCGGUGUCAGUGUUGGCAUUGGCAUCGCCUCCCUUAGCCAAGUGGGCGGGGAACAGGCCAACAAAGUAUUGGAGGAAUGCAUUGUGACCAAUGAUUUCAUGUUUAACGACGAGGAUGCCGACGAGACGGAGGAGCAUGAUCUGGACGAUUACCAUGAUACGGAGCUGGAUGAGAAUGAAUUUCAAAAUGUUCAGCAUGUUAAGGUGCCCUAUGGCCUCGUUGGUGAUCUGCUCGAUGCCGAUGAUCUGGUCAGCGAUACCAAAUACUUGAUGGAUUAAAUUCUACUACUACCCAACAACCACAACAACCCAACCCACCCGAACUCCCCUCUAGUACGUAAUCAUAAUCUAUGGGAAACAUGCAUGCUAAACAAUUUAGAAUAGUGCUCAACACCUGUGUAAAUAAAGCCGAGUUGGCAACGGUUACCAACAUAUUCAAUAACAAAAGUCUUAAA